CCAGCUGUAAAGCUGGAGGACCGGCUGGUUCAGAAUCCCUCGGCUGAGGGCGUGGUGAAUAAGGCUCCAAAGGGGUUUUCUCUGGUCAGUGAGAUUGAUGCCCAUCUGGACAUGUGUGGACACCAGUCACUGCUAGACUCCUCCAAAGCCCUGGAUGAUGAACAGGAUGUCCCUCUGCAUAGCAGUGAGGAUGAGCGGCUGCUCACCUCCGCCAUGCUUGGCACAGGUUUCCCCUUCAUAAAUGCUAAGCUUGCUGAGGCUAUCUCGCAGCAUAGGAGUGAUAGUGGUCACUCGAUCAGCAUGGAGGGACAGCCACCCGUUAGUGGCCUUGAUCUCAACUCUGUUCCCACUGAUGCUUGUGCAAGAGGCUGUGCUGCAGCCUCUGCUGCCCAAGAUGUGGUGUUUGGCCUGAGCACUAAGUCUUCACUGGGCAACCUGUUGGAGGGGCUAGAUACUCCGAAGAGAUCCCAGAAAAAGCAAGGCGUGAAGGCAAAGAGUGUACCCCUUCCAAAGUUGCUUGCUGAACUUGCUGAACUUCAGAAGGUUGUGGUGAGCUCAACUGGUUCCACUGACGGAGGGCUGGCUGUAAAUCUCCAGGAUGAGAGACCUGGAAGUGCUGGCAGGUGGAGCCCAGUGUCAGAUGGGAGUGAGGCUUGGUUUACUUGUGGCGAAGAUCUCUAUUAUAGUGAGGAGGAGAUUGAGGAAGAGCUGGCGAGGCAAAGUGUCAUGGAAAUGACUGUUCCAGAACAGGACCGAUGCAGCUUUGAGCCGCCCGUUGGCAUUUUAAUUCACAGCGAGAGGGAAUGGAAAGAGCAGACCACCGAAAGCAUAAUCAUUAGAAACGGCUACGCUGUGCUCUCCCAGAGCUUUGGAUUCGUCCGGCGGGUAAGGGAAGACAACUACUGUGCCCUGCGAGCCUCCCUGUACCAGACACUGAUGAGCUCUGCCCAACUUCCUGACUGGCUCCAGCGGGAGAGUUUCUUAUUGAUCCCUGAUGAGCUUGAGACUCGUUACGGUCUGAUUAAAGGCUGGUUGUUUCCUGACGUUUGCAAGCAGACAAGUGGGAUCAAAGAUGAUGUGGAUCUUAUGAGACACUAUCUGAGCCUUCUCCGGAAAUGGUGGCAUGCGGCGGCAGCCUCUCCUGGGCUCGAGGGUCGCAGACGUGUGUGUGAGCAGCUCUUCCAAGGCGGAGAAGACGAGUUUGGUGUCAUGGAGGCACUCAAGCUCCUGAUGCUAGCCUGUGCCGUGGAAUUGCACGCCGCCAUGGAGAGGGGCAAAGACGUGCCAAUCUUCUGCUGGCUGCUAUUCUCCCGCUACACCUCCUCGUGCCCGCGCACGUUCCUGGCCAACCACCUGAGCCAGGUUGGCUUCAGUGGAGGCAUGGAGCAGGUGGAGAUGUGUCUCCUGGGUUACACACUGCACCACACCAUCAAGGUUUACCGCCUUUACAUGGCCAACAUGGCGGACUUCAUUAUCACUCAUUACCCGGAUGAUCACAUUCAGGACUGGCCCUCUGUCUGCCUGGUAACCGAGGAUGGCCGACAUUAUAACGUGGCAGUUGGCGAACCCGCCUGUCCUCAGGAGGACCUUUCCAGAGGACCUCACUGAUUGAUUGUUGACCCAAGUGACCAAGGUCCAAUCAUGGCCAAUUCAGGAUACUAUUUUACACCAUUCAUGUUACUUCAAUACAUUAUUUUCUCAGCAUUAUA